AACAAACAUUGCCACAGGCUCUGCCACUCUGUACCUGUCUCUGACUGACUGCAGUUCCCUUUAGGCUCGGGUCAGAUACCCUCUCUCAACCUUUCAGACACCUCUCCUUUUCUCGACGCAGCCAUGAGGACCACUAUGCUCGCUGUUGUCAUGGUGACGUUGUGCGUGAUGAUGGUGGACGCAGACGUGAAGCCACAGAAAGAUUUCAACCUGCAGAGGUUUGCAGGGAGAUGGUAUCGGUUAGGCCUGGCCUACGAUUCUCCGAGUUUUGUCCCCUUCAGGAGCAAACUGAGGGCCUCCAUGGGCGUUGUCACAGCGAUGCCAAACGGCAACGUUAAUCUCACCAUGUGGGAACUCACACCUUUAGGUUGUGUGAUUCAGGUGUACAACUACGAGAGGACCAAUGUAGCCGGACAGUUCUCCUACUUCAGCACACGCCAUAACAUGGUGAAGGACAUCACAGUGGUUGACACAAACUACAGUGAAUACGCUGUGGUUCUCAAACACAAGGUUUUUAACAGGGAGUACACGCAGGUGGCGCUUUACGGUCGCGCUCAAACGGCCAGAGUUGAUGUCCUUCAGAAGUUUAAAGCCUUCGCCUUGUCCCAGCAUUUCCCCAAAGAGUCUAUUCUGACUCCACCUCCAGCAGAAAAUUGCCCGUCAUCAAGAUCUGGCUAGGAGAUGAUGCUGCUCCACCUCUUUGUUCGUACACUGUACCAUGAAGUGUUGCAAAAAGCUCUAUCUCAGCAAACUUCCUUAUUAUGGCUGAAAGGAUGAUAAUUAACAUAUAUUUCCAAUGUAAUGUAUACAUCAUGCUCUUUAUUUAGUGUUUCACAUUAUUUUCAUACUACUGCGCUGACAUUAAAUAAAGGAUAUAAACCUCAAGGCUAUUUAAAAAAAAA